AUGACCAAGGAUGACUUCGACCGCCCGGACAUUUUGAACGUGGCGAACCCCCAUCCGGAGUCUGGCUAUGCCCACGUAAUCUUCCUCCCAAUUCCAUGCUCAAGCUCAACAAGGAAAAUGGCCUUGGUUAUUUGCGACGUUGAGCUGUCUCAGGGCAUCCUCUGCGGGAAGAGCUACAACACCCAGGGCGAGCUUCGCAAGCACCUGCGUAACCAGCACCCCGGCGCCAUUGAGGCUAUUACUGCAUGCCCAAAGUCACUUGAUGACAUGACGAACGCCAUCGACGCCCUCAAGCGCUGGUGUCUGACCGGCGGAGGGCGCCAGGCAAUAUACUACCCUGAGCCUGGAUACGCCCCCAAAAAUUCCCUGAUUCAGCAAUUCUGCGACGCCCUGGAGCGUAUUGCCCAGGAAGACCCCAGCUUCGGCCAGAAGUGGGGAACCCAGUUCCAUCGUCGGGUGAAUGAGUAG